GAGAGAGAGAGAGAGAGAGGGGGGUAAGGAGCAGCGCUUGCUGAGCAGAAGAGACUGGACCGUGUAAGAGUUAGUUAUUGUGAUAUUUUUUGCAAGCUCAAAUAAAGAAGAGUCACUUACUUUUCACUAUCAGCACUCUCACCUAACGAGGAUGUGAGAAUAUAUGCUGGAGGAUCGUACAGCAAUAGACAACAAUAUUCAUGAUCGAGUCGCGUCUGUCUUUAUCUUGGGGUGACACAAAGUUUGUGCUUGACUUGUAUUUUGUUUUUCCUUGGGAAUACAUUUAAAAAGCAGGGUGGAUUUGCUUUCGCUCCAUCAAGACGCCAGUGGAUUUUUGACUGUGGAUUGAGAUGGUGCAAUGUCCCAGGGAAUGUUCCCACGCGUUUACCCCCUUGUUGUCCCCUUACUGCUGCUCCUGUCUGCCGGGGUGUCAUGUUUGAGAUCCCCUAGCUGUCAAGAGGUCAGGACCGCCUUCCAGCUGCGACAGAUCGGCCCCUUGAAAUGGGUACCCGACGUGCCCGGAACAGAUGAGAAGCUGCAGGUGUGCCAACACAGAGGCCCCACCUGCUGUACUCGGAAGAUGGAGGAGAGCUACCAGGUAGCGGUGCGGAGAGAAACUCUGCAGACCAUCCAGUCCUACAGCUUUGAGCUCAAGUUCCUCCUGGUGGGUCACGCCACCUCCUUCCAAGAUGCCUUCCAGUCACUGCUCCACUUUGCACAGAACCACACCAGCUCCCUCUUCGAGAGUGCUUACAGAGCCCUGGCACGCGAGGCAACCACUCUCGUCAAAGAGCUCUUCACUGACCUCUCCCUCUACAUCCUGGGCUCAGAUGACACGGUGGAGGGGGCGGUCCAGCGUUUCUACGACAACCUCUUCCCUCUGGUCUACAACCGACUGGUGAAUCCCGGUAUCGGCAUGAUGAGACAGGAGUACGCAGAGUGCUUGCGAAUGACGAGGCAAGAUGUCAACCCCUUCGGCUCACACCCCAGAAACUUGGUCCAGGAGCUGUCACGCUCGUUCAAGGCAGGCCGGACCCUCAGCAAGGCCCUGAACAUGGGGGUGGAGGUUAUCAACGCCACGGAACACGUUGCCUUCACAAGAGAAUGUGGCAGGGCCCUGGUCAGAAUGCAUUAUUGCCCUCACUGCCAGGGGCUGACGCUCAUAAAGCCCUGCUUGGGAUACUGUCUGAACGUGAUGAGGGGCUGCCUGCCCGGCUUGGCGGAGCUGGACCAGCCCUGGUGGGACUAUAUCUCCACCCUGGAGGAGCUGACCAAUGCCAUGGCUGGAGCUCAUGACCUGGAGCUGGCCUUGCUGGGCAUCCGGAACCAGGUGAACGAUGCCAUUCUGUACACCCAGCUGAACGGGCCCCGACUCACCGCAACCGUGGAUAAAGUGUGUGGCCAGCCAGCUGAGAGAGUGGUGCACCCCUCCCCGGAGACUCUGCCCCUUCCUGGGUCUAUUCCUGCACCCAAGCCCCCGAUUGAGGCCCAGCUUGGCAAGCUUUCCAAGAAAAGAGGCUCGCUUCCUCUCAAAUCCUCCAAGAAUGAUAAACCCAGAAGUCUGAAAAAGAUAUCUCGGGACUUUGUGAGCUACAUGCAACGCUACAAGACCUUCUACUCUGCACUCGCGGAGCUCCUGUGUGAAGGGGAGCUGGUGCGAGACAGCGCUACCUGCUGGAGUGGAGAGGACGUGGUGGAGAGUUACACAAACAGAGUGGUUGGCAAUGGACUUCAAGCCCAGAAACUGAAUCCUGAGGUAAAGGUCAGAGAUCUCGACCCCGUCCUGACCCAGGUCAAAGAGAGGCUGCAGCGAUUCAACCAGGAGAUGCUGGGGAAGGUGGGGGGGCAGUCGGACAGGGUGGGCACUUGGGAACCAGGCAGCGGAGACACCAGCGGUGACUGUGAUGAUGAGGACGGCUGCCAGGGGUCCGGGGACAGGGACCUGAAAGAGGACAACAUCAUCGCCAAGACCGCUGACAGAUGGAAGAAGGAUCCCGCACAAGGGAAGGAGAGGGGGUUCGACACCACAAAGCAAAACACUACCACCAGCAGACCCUCGUUCAGCCUCAAGGGGGGCUCCAGCAUGCUGCACCCCAGCCUCCUACUCCUCCUGCUGCUCCUGCUCCCCCUCUCCUAGCCUCACAGCAGCUGCCCCUUUCAACACCACUCUGUGUAUAGUCCCUUUAAUCGGAUCCUUUCAUUGGAUAAGGGAGAGAGGGAGGGGCCUCCAACGCCUGUCAUAUUAAAGUUUGCAGCAUGCUGGGAAUGGGUGUCUAGUCCAAGUAGUGUUGGACAGAUGUUUGAGUAUCUUUGAAUGUAUCGAAAGAGAAAUUAUCAUGUCUGUGUUCACCGGAAGCAUCUAAGUAUAAUUUAUAGAUAUUAGUAUACCAAAAAAGAUAUUAAAGAUAAAUAAAUAAAUCAAUAAAACACAAA